CUUUUUGAAAUUAUAUAGCAAUUAUCUUCCCUUAGCACACGAAUUAUCACAUCAUUAUUUCCAUAUUGCAAAUAACCAACUUCUUGCUUGGUAAUGUGAUAGCUGCCGGUAUCCGAAAAUUCUACUGCCCUGGGACAAAUACACUCACCCAAACUACAAGAAUUGAUUCAGUCGAGUGGUUGGACUAUCACCCAUCGUACAUUACCAAAUACCUGAAACCGUUCUGAAACAAUAAGAAGCGAGAGCAAAGAAAACAAUCGGUCUAUACAAGCUUGUGACAAAGUUAUUGGGCACUGAACAGCAGAAAUUAUCUUACACACAAAUAGGUCGAACUAGUCGUCAAUUUGUCAGAUAAAUUACAAAGUUGACGGAUAAGUAUGUUAUCAACCAGUAGACCGUUUAUAUGGAUCAGAUUUGGAGAAAAUAAAAAAAUAUUAGUCAAUAUGUGGUGUUCCUUUGAAAUUCUACUCAACUAUAUCGUUACCGUUUGCGACAUAGACCCUGAAAUCACAUUUGACUUAUGUGACACUUCGGGAAGGCUUUUAGGAUUAACUGAUUCACAAAACAACCAGCAAGUUUUUCAAAGUCUUGAAGGUGGCGGCGUCUACAUCCUUGUAGCUAUUGAAGACAAGUCAGAUCAACAAGUGAAUGUUCGACCUAUGCUUGAAAACUUUGAACAGUACUACCCUAACUUAACAGAUCAAAUAUUACAAAACCUUCAUGACAAAUCGGAAAGAUAUUCCAAGAAAAAACAUAUGAAGCGGACACCGCUUCCAACAAAGGUGACAACUAGCAGAAAAACAAAAAAGUAGAGCGAAAUUAAAAUAUAAUCUUGUAAUCUCGGUUUUACCGUUACUCAUGAGACCAAUGUCAACACGAAAAAAAUUUCAAAUGUAAAUGAAACGGAUG